AUGCCCGUCGAGGCGCUGCCCAAGUUCCUGCUCCCACGACUGAGCUGGCAGGCCACCUCGCCCCUGCUGGUCUCCAGCCGAUCCUCGGGCCAGAGGCGGCAUCAACAUACUGCACUGGCGCAGCGUCCGCGAGCAUCGCCGUUCCAAGCACAGCACCGGCUGGCAGUGCCCCAACGAAAGCGCAGCCCAAUCAUUGGCGCGGCAGCUUUCCAUGCCACAGCCCGACGCCAGCGAGAUCACCACUUCGACACCCUAAAGUUCGUCCAGCGACUCCAGAGCGAAGGGUUUACCGAGGACCAGGCAGCAUCGAUGAUGAAGGUCCUGAACGACGUUAUUGAAGAGAGCAUCCAAAACCUCACCCGAACCAUGGUCCUGCGCGAGGACGCCGCCAAGGCCACCUACACCCAGAAGGUCGACUUCGCCAAGCUCCGCUCCGAGCUCCUCUCGGCGGACAGCACCGAGUCGAACACGACGCGCAUCACGCACGAGCGCCUAGCCAACGAGAUCGCCAAGCUGUCGAGCCGACUGCGGGACGAGAUCGGGCGGACCCAGGCCAGCGUGCGGCUGGACCUGAACCUCGAGAAGGGCCGGAUAAGGGAGGAGGCGGUCGGCCAGGAGCUGAAGCUCAAGGAGACGGAGACGAGGAUCGAGCAGGAGGUGGCGGCGCUGCGGGAGAAGCUGGAGCAGGUCAAGUUCCAGACGCUGCAGUGGCUGAUGGGCGUGUGCACCGGGUUUGCGGCUCUGCUUCUCGGUGCUUGGAGGCUGCUGAUGUGA